AUGGUGACACCCGAUGAGGACGAUAAUAAUAACAACAACAACGACGACGAGAAGGAGAAGGAGAAAGAAAACGCGAUGAUGAUGAUGGGGGGUCGGACGUUAUCAUUAAUUACGGAAGAGGACAUGCUUUUGGAGUAUGCACAGAUGCAAAAGAAAAUGAACUUGUCCAAGAAGAAGAAUUUGACGAUUCGAGUGGAGCCGCGCGACGGCUCGAUCGGAGACGGGAAGAACGAUAAGAAAAACGCUUCGAGUACUAAAGACGGGAGCGAUAGUCACCGGAGCAGUAGCACGAACAACGAGGACGAGGACGAGGCGUACGGCUCGCCGACUGAUCUCGAGAACACGGUUCAUUUAACCGAUAAGUUUCUCACCGACCGGUCAACGAGGAGCGGCGAAACGACGCGCGUUCGAUUUAGCGAAGACGCGUCGAGUCGAGGGACGACGUUCGCGGCUGCGUCACAGAAAGGCCUCGGAAGGAAAGAAAGAGAGGACACGUUCUCGGUGUCUAUUUUUGACGCCGGGAAGUUGAACGGCAUGUUAGGAAGGCGUUUUGGUGAUGUAGGAGGAACAGUAGGCGCGAUAGUAGGUAGCAAGAAUCAUAACAGGAAUGAAAAUAAUAACGUUAGAGUCGGGAACGAAACGUUUCGUUCGUUGGGGGAUGUAAAAGUCGUCGAGAAGCGGCGGAUUGGGAUGUUCUCUGUGAUUGACGGUCACGGUGGCGCCGGAGCAGCCGCGCAUUGCGCGGCGUCGUUACACGAGAUGAUAUUCGAACAGCUUUCCGAUAGGUGCGAGCAAAUGGCAGAAGCGACGGAAAAGGCCAGAGAUAAGUUGAUGAAGAUGAAGCGCGUUAAAGUAAACACGAGUCGGUCGUCAUCUUCUGAGGAUAUGAGCAGUUUGAGUUGUAAGAUGAGCGCGGAUGAGGGAGAAGAGGUCAACGUCAAAACAAGAGAAGAGGAUGGAGAAGGAGAGAGCGGGUUCGACGAAUUGGUGAAAGAAGCCAUUGUAGCCGGGUUCAAACGAUGCGAUGAAGAUUUUUUGAGCCGAAAUAAGCGCGACUCUUCUGGCGCGUGCGUGGCCAUGGCGUUAAUUUGGGAUGACGCCGUGUGGAUCGCGCACCUCGGAGAUUGUAAGAUCAUCGCGGCGGAUUUCUGCGCAUCGAAACCUUUGGAACUACUGACCGAGACAUUAACUACAGAUCAUAUCGCAUCGAAUACAAGCGAAGCUAAUGCGGUGAUUACGCGAGGCGGAUUUAUAAGGGCUGCUGCGAAUGCUGCGAAUGAUUAUGACACGAAAGGGAGAGAGAGCGCCUGCAAUUUAUUCAACACCUAUUUUCUCUCCUCGUGCGGCGGAGUGCUUGGGAGAGGAAAGAAUGCCGCCGCUACUCGUGCUUCGAAUAUUUCUGGUUGUACAAACACAGAGAACGAUAAAAAAUUUGUGUGCUCGAGGGGUGGCUGCGAUUCGAUCGCACGAGUCAACGGCGAGCUCGCAAUAACGAGAUCCAUUGGGGAUCGCAGUUGUAAGCCGCACGUUUCUUGCGAACCCGAUGUUCGAAAGACUCGAUUCAAGAGAAGAGAGAAACGAGACGAUCAGAUCUUUCCGAGUAAAAAUAGUAGUAACAAUAAUAAUAGUAAGGGCAAAGAAUCAUUCUUGCUCUUGAGCACAGACGGUACGUUCGGAUGCGGCAGAGUGAAAGAUCGAGACGCGGCGGAGGUGGUGGCGAACGCCCUUCUGAUUGAAUCGUAUCAGCAACACUCUCCGAGUGCAUCGUCGUCCUCGUGGGGACAGCGCGCGAGACGGGCGUGCGCUGAAGUCAUAUCGCACGUUAAAAAGAAAGGCGGGAAGGAUGAUGCGACGGUAAUUCUGAUCGACAUAGAAAGCGCGUUCAAUAAAUAA